CACUGUUCGCCAUGAGGUGUUUUUGCCGGUAGUAGUUCAGCGGGGAUGUGAACCGGAGCUGGUUAUGGCUGCGGUUAGGUGUGUAUGUUCAUGAAGCGUUCGGUUAAAUCGUUACACUGGAAUUGGAGAGUGUAAAGAAAGAGACAUGGCCGGUGUGUUUGAUAUCGACUUGGAUCAGCCCGACGACAGCGUGUCGGAUGAGGAACUCGUUGACGGGGCCCAGAUUAAUGAUUUCAUGGACCAAUGCAGUGGCUUUGAAUUCAUGGAAGAUUGUGAGAAGUUUGAGAUCUCAGAGGAUAGUGUGAAUCAAGGCACAGAGCAGAUUCGUCCAGAUUGCUUCGAGUUACUCCGUGUUUUGGGUAAAGGAGGCUAUGGAAAAGUUUUUCAAGUUCGCAAGAUUACCGGGUCAACUCCUGGAAAGAUAUUUGCCAUGAAGGUGUUGAAAAAGGCCACGAUCAUGCGCAAUGCAAAGGACACAGCUCACACUAAAGCAGAGAGGAGCAUCCUGGAGGAAGUUAAGCACCCCUUUAUUGUGGACCUCAUGUAUGCCUUCCAGACGGGAGGCAAACUUUACCUCAUUCUCGAGUACCUUAGUGGUGGAGAGCUGUUCACACAGCUGGAAAGAGAGGGGAUCUUUAUGGAGGACACAGCCUGCUUUUAUCUGGCAGAGAUUUCCAUGGCUCUGGGUCACCUUCAUCAGAAGGGUAUCAUCUACAGAGAUCUGAAGCCAGAGAACAUCAUGCUCAAUAACAACGGUCAUGUGAAGUUGACAGACUUCGGACUCUGCAAGGAGUCGAUCUAUGAUGGCACCGUCACACACACCUUCUGUGGAACCAUAGAGUACAUGGCACCAGAGAUCCUCAUGAGAAGUGGCCACAACAGAGCUGUGGACUGGUGGAGUCUGGGGGCCCUGAUGUAUGACAUGUUAACAGGAGCUCCGCCUUUCACCGCUGAAAACCGUAAAAAGACCAUCGAUAAAAUCCUGAGGUGUAAGCUGAACUUUCCGCCCUACCUCACUCAAGAAGCACGGGACCUUCUCAAAAGGCUGCUAAAAAGAAACGCAUCAGUGAGGUUGGGAGCAGGCCCGGGAGAUGCUGUAGAUAUCCAGGCUCACUCCUUCUUCAGACAUGUAAACUGGGAUGAUCUGCUGGCUUUUAAAGUUGAACCUCCCUUCAAGCCUUUUUUGCAAUCAGCAGAUGAUGUUAGCCAGUUUGACUCAAAAUUCACUAGUCAGACUCCCGUGGACAGUCCCGAUGACUCGACACUCAGCGAAAGUGCCAGCCAAGUUUUCCUGGGCUUUACAUACGUAGCUCCAUCUGUGCUCGAAAACAUUAAGGACAAGUUCACUUUUGAGCCAAAAUCCCGCUCGCCUCGCAAGCUUCUGGGAAGCCCAAGAACACCAGUGAGCCCUGUGAAGGACGGUUGGUCUCGUGGUUCACGCUUUCCAGAAAUGACCACCUCCACCUCCUCUAUCAUACCCUCUGCUAAUAUGCCCAUUGAGGUGUCUCGGGUGGAACAGGUGGACAGCAGCAGCAUGGAGGCCUCCGCUCCUCUUCCCAUCAAAAAGCCAUCGAAGUCCAACACAGGGUCCUUCAUGAAACAGUCGAAACCAGUGCUCUCCAAGAGACCCAAGCAUUUGAAAGUGAAACUAUGAUGAACAAUUUUGUUUGGUCUGUUUUUAGUUUUUAGUUUUGCAAUUAAGGAAUUUAUCAAAUUACCCUGAAGACCUUUUUGCACCCAGUUUUUGAGCACCCGUCACUUGAAUACUGCAUAUGAGCACAGAGAGUCUGUCGAGAAUGAACCCACUGACCUAUAUAAGGAUCUCUCUCUACAUGCAUCAUAGUGAGUUGGUACAAAUGUUUCUUGCUGUGUAUGAGAACACCUUGCACUUUAGAUGAUUCUGAGCAUGUAUUUUACCAUCUUUUUUAUAUCCUCGGGUCAGUGUUUGAAGUUUGUUUAGACAUGAAGUUACAAGUUUAAAUUCUUGCAGGUGUCUCAUGCAGAUUAAAGUCAAGCAUGUAGUGAAACUGCUUUAGAAGAGACACUGAGGUUGACACUUGUUACUUUGUUUUGCUUGAUUGUAAUCUCUACUGUUGGGGAAAGUUCUUAUUUUCAUAGUCAAUAACAGGAUUUAAGGUGGUGAGAGAGGUCUACAAUCCAGUGGACACUUCAUUAAUAGUUGUUAGGACCCCAAAAAUCACAGAUGUAGUUAAAAGACAAGAGGUAAUCUUAAGCUAACCAACCUGUAAAGAAAACUUCAAACUUAAAAAUAUAUUCUAUUCAUGUUUUGUUUUGUUUUUGCAAUUCAAAGAGACUUUUUGCUUUGUUCUUUAAGGCUUUUUAUUUUGAGACUGUUGGAUGGUGCCAAGAAAUCCAUGCCUUGUUUUCUGUUUGGUUUUUUUGUUUUGUGUUUGAUUUUGUUUUGAGAAAGCUGGAUGAUGCAAAGACAUCUGUCCCUUGUUUUCUGUUUUGUUUUGUUUGAUUUUGUUUUGAGAAAGCUGGAUGAUGCAAAGACAUCCGUCCCUUGUUUUUUAUUUUGUUUCGUUUGUUUGUUUGUUUGUUUUGUUUUGUUUUUUAAAAAUUUAGAUGACGGCAAGACAUCCUCACUUGUUUUCUGUUUUUUAUUCAUUUUUGUUUUGUUUUUGGUUUGAGAGCUGGAUGAUGCUAAAACGGCCAUCCCUUGUUUUUUGUUUUGUUUUGAGACAGUUGGAUGAUGCCAAGACAG